AUGUCCAGCAUGAAAGUAGCCGUUGUGGGAGCGUCCGGUAAUCUUGGCGUUUACGUCGUUCAGGCCCUUCUACGCGGCGGCUUUGGGGUUACUGCCAUUACAAGGAACGAAUCAACCGCCACAUUUCCCCAAGGCGUUGCCGUGAUGCGUGUCGACUUCUCAUCACUAGAGUCGAUUCGGAACGCCGUUGUAGGGCAAGAUGCCGUUGUUUCGUUGACUGCUUCUGCAGGGACAGCAACCCAGAGAACGCUCAUUGACGCGAUUAUUGAAGCCCGUGUCCCGAGGUUCAUACCUUCAGAGUUUGGUUUAAACAAUCGCAAAUACCGCGAUAGCCGGGUAGGGCAUUUUCUCAGAGAGAAAGUUAGUAACUCGGAUUAUUUGAUCGAGCUAUCCGAGAGACACGAGUGGUUCUCUUGGACCGGUUUAUCCACCGAAGUUUGGUUGGAUUAUGCGCUGGAAAAUGGAAUUUUUAUUCUAAAUGCACGCAAACAUGAAGCGAUGCUUCUCGACUCGGGCAACGAGACUUUCUCAGCCAGCAGCCUCGACUUCGUCAGUAAAGCCAUUCUAGAAGUGCUUCGCCGCUCUGACAAGACUGCCAACAAGUACCUUAGCAUCGCUGAGGUGACAACAACCCAGUCUGAAGUCAUUAAUCUGGCAGAAGACAUAUGCGGCAUACGGUUCGAUCGUUCUCAGAGAUCAAGCAAGGAGCUGUCGACUAUACUAGACGAGAGACUGGCAAAAGGAGACAAAAGCGCCUAUAUAGGCCUUCUGGAACUUCAUUUUUUUGCGGACGGUGCGGGCCAUGCGUUGAAAGACGAAGAUAAUGCCAGCGAUCUUCUGGGCCUUCAGCCUCGAAGCUUGCGCGAUAUUCUUGAACGGGCCUUGGCCUUUUUUGGGCGUGGGUAA